UUGACUUAAAUUGGCCAGCUGUCAGUUCUUGUAAAUUGCACGAAAAAGGUCUAGUAGCCUAAACCAUUUAGAAUUUCCCAAAGAAUAUACCACCAAAAUGAAGGUACCUUUUGGAAAGAAACACGCUGAAAUUGCCACCUCCUUUAUUGGCUCCGCUGUUGGCUAUGGUGGUGCUGCUACCUUGGGUUUGUUAUAUUUCACCGACUGGAAAUUGGUGCUUCAAUACAUGCCAUUCUAUGGUUCUAAAUUCGCAAAAUCCGAAUAAAUGUGUUCGUAUAUUUCAAAGUUUUGGAUAAGACUAGUAUGUGUAGUUAAAUUUUAAGAAUAUUUGAAUUAAUAAAUUUAAGAUUUGGCGACACAUCAA